UCCAUUGCCCCUCCCGUAAUUAUGCAAGUUUUGGUUUUAAAUAUGUGUUUGUGUUGCUGACACGCAUUGCUUCUAUAUUUCUUUGCACCUUUCAUUCUCAUCAUUACUACUAGUACGAGUAUUUCUCAACGCCUCAUUCCUGCAGCUUAUUAGUUAACAAGUAUUUGAUUUGUAGUCGUAGUUAAGAUGGUAAACUACUGGAAAUCCAAGGUUCUGCCCAAGAUCAAGAAAGUCUUUGAGAACCCAAAAAAGGCAGCUGCUCUUGAAGCUAGCAAGGCCUUCGAUGAAUCUAAGGAGCAAUAUUCGAAAGAGUGUGAAGACAAAAAGACAGACCUUGAGCCCAAAGUUACUGAAAUCUAUCAAGCUUCAUCUACUGAGAUUAAGGCUUUGAUCAAGGAACCAACGGCUGCAGCUGUGAAAAAGCACUCAGCAGCAGUCCAGAAAUUCCUCGACGAGCUUGCUAAGAUCGAUUUUCCCGGUUCAAAAUCAGUAAGCGAAGCAGCUACUAAAGUUGGACCAGCAUACGUGUCUGGUCCGGUUCUGUUUGUGUUCGAGAAGGUCUCCACUUUCAUACCUGCCCCUGUUGAGGAGGAGGAAAAGAAAGAGGAGGAGAAGAAAGAGGAGGAGAAAAAAGAGGAGGCUGUCCCGCCACCGGCUGAGGCUGAGAGUUCCACAGAGGAGGUUAAAGAGAAGGAGAUCGCUGUGGAGGCGGCUGUUGAGGAGAAAGUCGAGGACGUGCCAGCAGCAGCAGCAGCAGCAGAACCUCCUAAGCCUUGAAGCCCUCUCCUCAUCCUCCCUCUAUGUCUUAUACAUAUUUGCUACCAAUAUGUUUGUAAUUGUAUACUGUGAUUGAUUUCUUAUUCUUUAUGUGUUAAACUAGCUAUACUCUUCACACCCCCUUUUUUUUUUGUUUGCCACAACAGUUUGGAUAACUUUGUUGAAUGAAUUUUUUACUGUUUCGAUA